AUGGAAAUACAAGUGAAGUUUGGUACAAGAGGGAUCAAUUCUAAAAGUCUUCCUCUUAUGAAAAAUAAUAUAAAACGGUCAGAAUCACUUAAUUGCUCUCUUGGUUAGCGAGAAAAUCCAUAUAUAUUUGAGAAAAUUAAUCCCUUUGUUAUUUGAUAUUAGAUUAAUGAUUAUAACAAGCUAAUUUUACUAAAUUUUAAAUAGCUUCCAACCUUAUAUACUUUAUUUUAAAUUAAAUUAUUUUUUUUCAUUCAAAUAAUGAUUUUUUAAAAUCGAUAAUUUUUUUUGCUCUCUAACCAAUAGGGGAAUAAGAAAAAUAUUUGCCCUUUAUACACUCCGGAUCCCAAAAAGUCCAAAAAUGAUUUUAUGAUAGAAAUUCCUUCAGUAGUUAUGGAUCGAGAAUCAUUCUCAGCUGAAGACAAAGAAUUGAAAAGAUUGCAGGAAAUUGAUAAAAUUUCAAAAAGUGCUAUUAUUUGUUCUGAAAGAUUUAAAAAACCAAAAAAUUCUUUUAUUAGCCAACAUUAUCAUAAAUUCAGAAGUAAAAUCAAGUCAAAGCCAGAUUUAUCAAAAAUCCUUAAUCUGCUUAAUACACCAAAAAAUGAUAUAAUUGUUAAUAAAGGAAAACUGGAAAGCUCAAAAAAUUCUUUUCUAUCUUUCUUAAAGACUUUAAAUUCUAACCCAAAUACAACAAAAAGUGCACUUCCAAGCCCUUGUAGAGGAUUUCGAUUAUCUGUUGAUCGAAAAUGCUCACCAUCUAUAUUAAGAAUUAUUUAA